GUUCCUUCUUGCGUGACCGCAAACCAAUCAUUAUCUCACGCCUUGAUGACCGGCUCAGUCGCUGGUUCCAAAGACAAUCUUGGCAAUAUACCUUGAGCAAUAGCGAGACUAUACCGAUGCAUCGAGAUCCAGGCGAUAUGACAAACUCACACAAAGAGGCCAUGUCUUUAUAUACGCUGCACAAGCCUGGUCAUUCGGAUAGCUUCGGAUAUUCAACCCAUUCUUCCUUUCCAUUCAUUCUUUCCCACCACUUCCUCUGUGAGGAUUUCUAUUCGACACAAUGAGGUACACCAUCCUCGGUUCCAUUCUUUUCACUGCUGUCGCAGCCCAGUCCACCUUCAAACCCCAACCGGUCGACCAGACCGAUGUCCAGGCUGCCCUGAUCAGCGAUCCCCGGCAGGUGGCCGACAAGAGCUACGACUAUGUCAUUGCCGGUGGUGGUCUGACCGGUCUUACUGUUGCCGCCAAGCUCAGUGAGAACCCCAAGAUCAACGUCCUGGUCAUUGAGAAGGGCUUCUACGAAUCCAACGACGGUGCUAUCAUCGAGGACCCCAACGAGUACGGCAAGAUCUUCGGCACUGUUGUCGACCAGGGAUACCUCACCAUUCCGCUCCAGAUCCACAACCGUACCGAGAGCAUCAAGGCCGGUAACGGUCUUGGAGGAUCGACCCUGAUUAAUGGUGACUCGUGGACUCGACCUGACAAGGCCCAGAUUGACUCGUGGGAGAAGGUCUUUGGCAAUGAGGGUUGGAACUGGAGCAAUGUUUUUGAGCUUAUGAAGCAGUCCGAGCGUAUGCGGUACCCUACUCCCGAGCAGAUCGCCGCCGGUCACUAUCUCGACCCAUCCUGCCAUGGAUUCAACGGCACUAUCCACGCCGGACCCCGUGAUAAUGGCCAGCCCUGGUCUCCCAUCGUCCAGGCCCUCAUGAACACCACUGCCGCCAGGGGUGUCCCUACCAAGGUUGAUGUUGGCUGCGGUCACCCCCGCGGUGUCUCCAUGAUCCCCAACAACCUGCUGCCGGACCAGAUCCGCGACGAUGCUGCCCGUGCCUGGCUCUUGCCCAACUACAAGCGCCAGAACCUGCAUGUCCUGACUGGCCAAAAGGUCGGAAAGGUCAUUAUGGAGGGCACCAAGGCCGUUGGUGUCAACUUUGGAACCAACAAGGGCGUCAACUUCAACGUUUCCGCCACCCAUGAAGUCCUGCUCGCCGCCGGUUCCAACAUCUCUCCCCUCAUUCUUGAGUACUCUGGUAUCGGUAUGAAGUCCGUCCUUGAUGCUGCCAAGGUCCCUCAGGUGAUUGAGCUCCCUGUUGGUGUCAACCUACAGGACCAGACUACUUCUACUGUCCGCGCCCGCGCCAAUGCUGCUGGUGCUGGACAGGGUCAGGCUGUCUACUUCGCCAACUUCACUGAAGUCUUCGGUGACUAUGCUCCCCAGGCCAGGAACCUGCUUGAGACUAAGCUUGACCAGUGGGCUGAGGAGACUGUUGCCCGUGGUGGUUUCCACAACGCUACUGCCCUUAAGGUCCAGUACGAGAACUACCGCAACUGGUUGCUGGACGAGGAUGUUGCCCUCACUGAGCUUUUCCUUGAUACCUCUGGCCAGAUCAACUUCGACCUGUGGGAUCUCAUCCCCUUCACCCGUGGCUCUAUCCAUAUUCUGAGCGCCGACCCCUACCUAACCCAAUUCGCCAACGACCCCAAGUUCUUGCUCAACGAGUUUGACCUUCUCACCCAGGCUGCCUCUAACAAGCUUGCCCGUGAGCUCCAGAACUCUGGCGAAAUGUCCAAAUACUUCGCCGGUGAGGUGCUUCCUGGAGACAGCUUGGCCUACAACGCUACUCUCGACCAGUGGGUGGAAUGGACCAAGCAGAACUUCCGUGCCAACUGGCACGCUGUCUCCAGCUGCUCCAUGAUGUCCAAGGAGCUUGGUGGUGUUGUCGACUCUUCUGCCAAGGUCUAUGGUGCCCAGAACCUCCGUGUCAUCGACGGCUCCAUCCCUCCCACCCAGGUUUCUUCUCACGUCAUGACCAUCUUCUACGGUAUGGCUCUGAAGAUCGCUCAGUCUAUCUUGUCCGACUAUGCCAAAUAGGCCUCUAAUGGAAUCGAGUGACCUGUGUCUAUAACGGGACUCCUGCCAUGGACUUGGAGGCUAUUGUAUUGCGUGCUGGUUCGAUCUUCUCUACGCCAACCUUUUGUCUGUCUUUUCAUGCCAGUGUUUCUUUUUACAUUUGUCG